GCUCUCAGUUGCCUCCUUCCAAAAAUGAAAAUCUUUCAAGCAAUCUUGUUGGUUUCGCUUUGUGCCAUCACUUACAUUGAAGGUAAGAGUGUUGGAGACGUGAAUCGCAGCAAUGGCAAAGCCGAUCCUAUUACCUUCACGCAUUUCAACCUAUGGACAAGGAAUAAUCCAACUACCCUACAAGAACUGUUUAUUGGCGAUAUUUCUACUUUAACUGGAUCGAAUUUCGACACGUCCAAGCCCACCAAAGUGUUUGCUCACGGCUGGAGAAUGAACGGCUAUGAUAACGAUGCCGUGAUUAAUCUAAGAAAUGAAUUCCUCGCAAACGAAGAUUGCAAUUUUAUUGCUGUGGAUUGGGAAGAGUUGGCUAACAAUAUCAACUAUUAUUCAUCGGCAGCCAACACUCAGCCAGUUGGACUCUUAACUGGCGACUUCCUUAACUUUCUAGUUGCGCAAGGAUCGGACGUCAACCAGUUUCAUGUCAUCGGUUUCAGUCUGGGAGCUCACGUUGCUGGUAAAGCUGGCGCUGUUCUAAAUGGGCGCAUUCCACGGAUUACUGGUCUUGAUCCAGCUUAUCCUGGCUUCUCCGUCGCGAAUACGGAUGAAAGACUAGACGUAACUGAUGCCCAAUUUGUUGAUGUUAUGCAUACGAAUAGCGCGUCAUUACUGGAUGGUGGACUUAGUUUCCCAGUUUCCAUCGGACAUGUAGAUUUCUGGCCGAACGGUGGCAUUGUCCAGCCGGGUUGCAUCCUUACAGGAUCCGAUAUCCUCGCUAUAGCAACUGGAUGCAGUCAUAGUCGAGCUCAUCAGUAUUUUGCCGAGUCAAUCAAUGGUGGACGUUUUACCUCCAUUCGUUGCACAUCCUACGACGAUUUCAGUGCAGCUUUAUGCAAUGGAAAUCCACAGGAUUUAAUGGGCCUGCCCGUCUCUACGACAGCUUCUGGGGAUUAUUACCUCAACACAUUCGACGCCGCUCCAUUUUCCAUGGGUUGAUUACGCAGCACACAUGAAAAGGCUUUUCAUCUAUCGUUUUUACUCAAAGACCCAGCGCUAUGCCCCUAGUUAUGAUAAUGCUAUGGCGUUUUUAAUCUCUUUGACAUUUUUUUAUUGUUGCCAAGUGUGCCAAUAUCAGAAUCGAUGUUACAAACGUAAACUCUUGUUACCAA